AUGUCAGACUUUCCAGCUAAAGUGGCCACCGAGACCAGCUCCCCCCAGUCCCAACAGGGAGGGUCCAGCUUUCAGCUUGGCAGUAUUUCCAUGGACCGGGGCUUGAUCAAGAGCAUCCCUGGAAUCCUGAUGCUGGCUGAGAUAGUGAGUGACAAAUACCAGUUUCACCUUUGUAUUUACUUGAUCCAUUAUCAAAUCAAAGUUUAUCGGUCACGUACACAGAUUUGCAGCUGUUAUCACAGGUGCAGCUUGUGUUUCUAGCUCCAACAGUGCAGUAAAACCUACCCAGUUCAUUUUUCCUUCUUUCUCUGUCCUACUCCUCAUCUGCUAGGCUAAUCUAAAUCUAUGUAUCUUUUCAGAAUCCCUGUUUUCUUAUUGUUUUGUACGGGCUUGAGUAAUACCUAGUGGUUGCUAAGAGUUGUAUUAGUGGACACACACAGGGACAUUAAUCAGGUGACAGCUUGUUUUAUUUUAACAUAAAUGAAGAAUAGUUUUAUGCAAAAUGUCCUGUGUCUUGAAUAUGUGUUAUGUUUAUAUAUUUACAUAAUGUAUUGGUAAUUAACAGUACAUUCAGAGAGUCAUAUAUAAAGCAGAUAUUUUAAUAUGAUGCCACUCCCUUUGAGCCUGUAGUACAUGUGACUGACCCGGCUAGGUGGGUCUCUGCACUAGGCUUCAUAUCACACCCUUAAAUCCAUUUCAAUAAUUAAAUGAGAAAGAAAUAUCAGGACUCACACUGUUCGACUUGAGUACAGUAGUGCAUAAUUGUUAAAUGCGUGUGUCAACAGCCAUUACCCAUGAUUAUAGACAUCUCAUAACACAAGAAAUCACAUUCCUACUAUAACUGAGCAUUACCAAUAACAUUCAUAUGAAUAGCUGGAUCCUGUGAUGGUAUUGUGCAAUCAUGUCAACUCACCCAGAUAUUUUGAACCCUGAUGAUUUUGUGAGCCCUUAUCUUGGAUCUUCUAUGUUCAUUAUAGGUUUACUGCAGUUGAUUGUUAAUAGUUCACGGAUAUACGCCCACACACCCUACACGAAAGCAGACAGGCACGCUCAAACACACACACCUUAAAUUGAUACAACUUAAACAAACCUGCCUCAGGCCUCAGAUUGACUCCAAAUAAAGCCUUUCACAGUACCAGUCUGCACUGAGUGAAGAUAAACUAAUCGAGGGACUACCUGAAAAGGGGUUAGUUUGAAAAACAGUUGUUUAGGAAGUGAUCAUGCUAAAUUUAAGUAAUAUAUAGAAAUUCUCCUGACUGUAGGCCUAUUCUUUGGCAAUAUUCUGUCCUCAUGUGUACACUGUAGCCCUUUCCUGCAGGAAAUGACCAAAAGCGCCCUCUUUGGCCUCAUGGGUGGAAUGUUAUUAAUAUUUUUCAUAAUUUCAUAAUUAAUACAGAUUUCUUUUAAACUGACAAAUCCGGUGUUUCUAUGUCAAACAGUUUUGUUAUAUUUCAGUCUUCUGUGAUGUUUAUAAAGUGUAAUAUUGGUAUGCAAACUCAAAACCGAAGACAUUUCAACUCUAUAUCUGACAUGGUACUGGUGUCUUCUUUUAUUUAAGCUCAUAACCAUGUGUGUGAGGUGUAUACUUCUGUUUUGAAGUAGAUGUGUUUAAGACUACCAAGAAUCACUCUGUGUGGCCCUCACUGAUUUAGCCCACUGUAGUAAAGGUUCAAGCUUGUGUAACACCUUGAAUAUUUGCUAUUUGUGUGCUUAUACUGUACUGUAUAUUAACACGCUCACACUCCUCUGAAACUCAAUAGAGAGAGAAGAAAAAGUCAUUGACAAUUUAUGAGAUAUAUCAAUGUUUUGUAACAACAUGUGGCGCCCUAUUUUUCAUUAUUAAUACAUUCCAUGUGACAACUUAAUGUAAGUAGAUUUAUGCACAUUUUUAAAAACAGAACAACUAUUAAAACUUCAUUCAUUUGAAUGUUGUCAUAUUGAGUGGUUAGAGUUAGGGAUACAAUACGAGAGGGAGUAAGAAUGAGGAUGUUAUGCGUACGCUAAAAAAAUUGACACCUCAUUAUCAAUCUUUGACACAUUUACCAGGUGCGUGGGUAAACCUGCAGAUCAAAACUUGAUGCUUAAAUAAAUAUUUGGAUUGAGAAAGAGUUCUGUUUGCCCUCCCGAUCUUGUCUGGGAUACUAAGUAAUACUGUCAAGGUUAUUUGACAGAACUAUUAUAUCCCUGUCUGUGCUGCUAAUUAAUGCUCAGUGGGUAGUGUACAUUACUCCCAGGUCUUCUACACUGCUCUUCAAUAGGGCACUGACCUGAUCUGGCGUGAAGACUUGGAUUGGAGCCUCAAUGGAAGGUUCACCUGUUCAAAUGUCACCUAAAUGUUUCUGAACAUGUACCUUGUUCUGUCUCACUCUCCCCAGGGUCUUGGCCUGCUGCAAUGGGCUCUGAUUGCCAAUCCCUCCUCCAAUAUUCCUGCCUAUGGCUGGGUGAUGUUUGUCGCCGUGACGCUGUGGCUGCUCACCAUUAUCCUCUUCUUCAUGCUCUUCUUUGGCGCCCAUCACAAACUCAGCUCCGUGCCUUGGCCAAUGUUGGUGAGUGUCCUAAGCCACUAACCUCUGGUGUGAUUGCUGACCUGACCUCAGGCUAAAAGGCUUAUGUCAUGUGUGGGUCGUUCUAUGAAAAUGGUGGCUUUUUUUACCAGCCAAUUAUUUAAAAAUAGAUUAUUAUUUUUUACAGAAAAUGUUGUCAGACAAUAGUUAAAACCCCUUAACAAUGCAAAUUAACAUAAAUAACAGCUUUAUGUAUUUUGGUAUUUGUACUACAUUAAAUACAAUUAAAAUGCUUGUGUUGCUUUUUUGUCACUGGUGUUACCUAUAUUUUAAUGACGAUUCAGGCUUUCCAGAAUGUAAUUUGACUAUUUAAUUUGCAUAUAUAAUCAAAGACAGAAAGCGUUAAUAAUAAUAUUAAUACAAGUUUUUUUAUUAGUAAUCAUUUACAUUAAACAAAACACAUUUUUCUAUAAUAACACCAGUGACGGUAACACCAGUGACCAGUGACAAAUCUUCAGACUAUUUUAUUAAAACCAGCAGGAACAGUAAGACCAGUGACUAAUCUGCAUAAAAGAUCCAUCUAAGAUGGUGGCCACAGUAGCUCAAACCACACUUCAGAAAUUGUAAAUAAAUCACUUAAUCAUGUGAUUUGAUCAAUUAUUUGAAUCAAAUUUGCUUUGACACAUCUUAAGGCUUCGCAUGAAAUUCCCAAAUUAAUAAUCAAAUUGCUAACAUAUGAAGAGAGAGUGCAGACUCACCAUGUGCUUUUCAAAACAGCCCGGCCUCAAAUGAACCUUUGACCCAGUAAGAAGUUGGCAAGGAUGUAGCAUUUUUUUAUUUUAUUUUGGUGGGGUAUGGUAACACCAGUGACAUGAAAUUGAGGGAAAGAUAUUUCCUGUAAAUUAUUUAUAAUAUUUAGUUCAUAUUUAAGUUUUUUAAGUAAUCCACUAAAUCACUAUCUUACUUUCCUUUGAAUUAUGACAUUUUAAAGUGGGAGAAACAUGUAUAUUUUUUACAAAAAAUACACUAUAUAUACAAAAGUAUGUGGACAUCUCUUCAAAUAAGUGGAUUCGGCUAUUUCAGCCACACCCGUUGCUGACAGGUGUAUAAAAUUGAGCAUACCGCCAUGCAAUCUCCAUAGACAAACAUUGGCAGUAGAAUGGCCUUACUGAAGAGCUCAGUGACUUUCAACGUGGCAUCGUUAUAGGAUGCCACCUUUCCAACAAGUCGGUUCGUCAAAUUUCUACCCUGCUAGAGCUGUCCCAGUCAACUGUAAGUCAAAUCAAAUCAAAUGUUAUUGGCCACAUGCGCCGAAUACAACAGGUGCAGACAUUACAGUGAAAUGCUUACUUACAGCCCUUAACCAACAGUGCAUUUAUUUUUUAAUAAAAAAGUCAAAUAAAACAACAACAAAAAAGUGUUGAGAAAAAAAGAGCAGAAGUAAAAUAACAGUAGGGAGGCUAUAUAUACAGGGGGGUACCGGUGCAGAGUCAAUGUGCGGGGGCACCGGCUAGUUGAGGUAGUUGAAGUAAUAUGUACAUGUGGGUAGAGUUAUAAGUGCUGUUAUUGUGAAGUGGAAAUGUCAAGGAGCAACAACGGCUCAGCCGCGAAGUGGUAGACCACACACGCUCACAGAAUGGAACCGCCGAGCAGUCGCACACAAGCCUAAGCUCACUAUGCACAAUGCCAAGCGUCGGCUGGAGUGGUGUAAAGCUCGACCCCAUUGGACUGUGGAGCAGUCAGUGGUGUAAAGUACUUAAGUAAAAAUACUUGAAAGUACUACUUAAGUAGUUUUUUGGGGUAUCAGUACUUUACUAUUUAUAUUUUUACUUUUACUUUUACUUUCCUAAAGAAAAUGAUGUACUUUUUACUCCAUACAUAUUCCCUGACAGCCAAAACUACUCGUUACAUUUGGAAUAUUUAGCAGGACAGGAAAAUUGUCUAAUUCACACACUUAUCAAGAGAACAUCCCACUGCCUCUGAUCUGGCAGACUCACUAAACACAUGCUUUGUUUGUUAAUGAUGUCUGAGUGUUGGAGCAUGCCCCUGGCUAUCCGUGAAUAAAAUAAAAAACAAGAAAAUGAUGCCGUCUGGUUUGCUUUACAGUGCAUUCAGAAAGUAUUCAGACCCCUUUACUUUUUCCACAUUUUGUAACGUUACAACCUUAUUCUAAAAUUGAUUAAAUAAAUAUGUUUCCUCCUCAAUCUACACACAAUACCCCAUAAUUACAAAGCGAAAACAGGUUUUUAGAAAUUGUUGCUAAUUUAUAAAAAUAUUAAAAACAGGAAUACCUUAUUUACAUAAGUAUUCAGAACCUUUGCUAUGAGACUCGAAAAUUGAGCUCAGGUACAUCCUGUUUCCUAUUAUCAUCCUUGAGAUGUUUCUACAACUUGAUUGGAGUCCACCUGUGGUAAAUUCAAUUGAUUGGACAUGAUUUGGAAAGGCACACACCUGUCUAUAUAAGGUCCCACAGUUGACAGUGCAUGUCAGAGCAAAAACCAAGCCAUGAGGUCGAAGGAAUUGUCCGUAGAGCUCUACGAGACUGGAUUGUGUCGAGGCACAGAUCUGGGGAAGAACACCAAAAAAUGUCUGCAUAAUUGAUGGUCCCCAAGAACACAGUGGCCUCCAUCAUUCUUAAAUGGAAGAAGUUUGGAACCACCAAGACUCUUCCUAGAGCUGGCCACCCAGCCAAACUGAGCAAUCAGGGGAGAAGGGCCUUGGUCAGGGAGGUGACCAAGAACCAGAGGUCCUCUGUGGAGAUGGGAGAAUAUUCUAGAAGGACAACCAUCUCUGCAGCACUCCACCAAUCAGGCCUUUUAUGGUAGAGUGGCCGGACGGAAGCCACUCCUCAGUAAAAGGCACAUGACAGCCCGCUUGGAGAUUGCCAAAAGGCCCGUAAAAGACUCUCAGACCAUGAGAAACAAGAUUCUCUGGUCUGAUGAAACCAAGAUUGAACUCUUGGCCAGAAUGCCAAGCGCCACGUCUGGAGGAAACCUGACACCAUCCCUACAGUGAAGCAUGGUGGUAGCAGCAUCAUGCUGUGGGGAUGUUAAUACUAAAUUGUAAUUAUUUUGCACUAUGGCCUACUUAUUGCCUUACCUCCAUAACUUACUACAUUUGCACACACUGUAUGUAGAUGUUAUUGACUGUAUGUUUUGUUUAUCCCAUGUGUAACUCUGUGUUGUUGUUGUUUUUAUCGCACUGCUUUGCUUUAUCUUGGCCAGGUCGCAGUUGUAAAUGAGAACUUGUUCUCAACUGGCCUACCUGGUUAAAUAAAUAAAUAAAUGAAAACCUGCUCCAGAGCGCUCAGGACCUCAGACUGGGGCAAAGGUUCACCUUCCAACAGGCCCUCAGACUGGGGCCAAGACAACGCAGGAGUGGCUUCGGGACAAGUCUCUGAAUGUCCUUGAGUGGCCCAGCCAGAGCCCGGACUUGAAUACGAUCGAACAUCUCUGGAGAGACCUGAAAAUAGCUGUGCAGCGACGCUCCCCAUCCAACCUGACAGAGCUUGAAAGGAUCUGCAGAGAAGAAUGGGAGAAACUCCCCAAAUACAGGUGUGCCAAGCUUGUAGCGUCAUACCCAAGAAGACAAGGCUGUAAUCGGUGCCAAAGGUGCUUCGACAAAGUACUGAGUAAAGAGUCUGAAUACUUAAGUAAAUGUGAUAUUUCAGUUUUUUAUUUGUUAUAAAUGAGCAAAACAUUCUAAAAACCUGUUUUUGCUUUGUCAUUAUGGUGUAUUGUGUGUAGAUUGAUGAGGGGGAAAAAAUAUUUCAUCAAUUUUAGAAUAAGGCAGUAAAGUAACAAAAUGUGGAAAAAGUCAAGGGGUCUGAAUACUUUCCGAAUUCACUGUAUCUGAUAUUUUUUUUGUUUUUCCUGGUGGUUAAGGCGGGGUCAGGAAAGACACCAUUGUUGUAGAAUGACCCGUGUAGUCCCUGCUAUGCUGCAUUUUUGCUAUUUAUUUCAAAGUUAUUUUGUAAUUGUUAUUCAAUGUAAAAUAUAAUUAAAAUAAGAUGUAGGUUGUAUUCAUCAACAUCUGUUCUCUAUCUUGUAGGUUAUGGUGUAUAAUGCUGUGGCAACAGUUUUGUACCUCACAGCAUUUCUGGCCAAUGCUGCAUCAGUCGCUCCUUACAGUUCAACAUACUUCUAUGGCUGUAUGGCAGCUUCUGCGGUAAGUCUAGAACAGACAAUUUAAUAUCUACAGAUAUACAAAGACAUGCAGACACUAGACAGAAACAUAGAUAUGUGGGCUGUCUGACUUGUUAGUUGGUUGGCCAGUUGUGAUCAGUUGAUGAGCGACAGAAACACAUGAGAAACCCUUGUUUAGACAAGCGCACCCCUUACAUAGGGCCACAUAGACUGAGACUGAGUACAUUCCGUUCAAUACUUGCACAUUUUUCAUAUUCACAAGAUAACCUUCCACAGGAAGUGCUGAUAUCUACGUUCUGUACACAGUUAUAUGGGUAGGAUGAAUAGAAAACACAAGUGUGUUUCUGGCCUAAAUGUUUGACUAAGGAGGCAGAACUGAUGCGUCAUGUGUGCACCUGACUGUGACCGGUUCGAAGAUAAAGAGAGAGGGAGCUAGAAAAAAUAUAAGGUAGAUGUACUUUUAUGGUGUGGUCUCUCUCUCCAUGGCAGUCCUAGCCAGAGUCCAUUUGCUAUUUACAAUGAGGCACAUGACCAAGCCCCUUGGUCUUCCUGGGAAUUACUCAAAUGUAAAUGUUUCACCAUUCAUACAUAUGUAGGAUUUUAAUUUGAGACAGUUUGCUACAGCAGGAAAAUAAUCCUACAGCAACAGGAAAUGUGAAUUAUGUGGAUUAUAAGAAGGGACAUUUUUUAUGGGGUUGAUACAUUUUUCGUAAGAAAAACAAAAUGGAUAUUACAAACUUCAGAAGCCUUUUUUAAACCAGAAAUACACUACAAGUUCUCCUGCAACAAGGUGAUCAAAUUAAGAUCCUACAUCAUAGCGUGUUCAAAGUCUUGUAUCUCCUGCCUUUUACAACCCAGGAAAACAGUAGCCAGGUGACUCUAGCCAAUAAACAUUCCCCUCCUAUUUUCACAAACAUCACAGUUUGAUGUAGGUCAGGAUUCAGUAUUUAUGGUACAGUACCAGUCAAAAGUUUGGACACACCUACUCAUUCAAGGGUUUUAUUUUAUUUUUACUAUUUUCUACUUUGUAGACAUCAAAACUAUGAAAUAACACAAAUGGAAUCAUGUAGUAACCAAAAAAGUGUUAAACAAAUCUAAUUAUAUUUGAGAUUCUUCAAAGUAGCCACCAUUUGCCUUGAUGACAGCUUUGCACACUCUUGGCAUUCUCUCAACCAGCUUCGUGAGGUAGUCACCUGGAAUGCAUUUCAAUUAACAGGUGUGCCUUGUUAAAAGUUAAUUUGUUGAAUUUCUUAAUGAGUUUGAGCCAAUCACUUGUUGUGACAAGGUAGGGGUGGUAUACAGAAGAUAGCCCUAUUUGGUAAAAGACCAAGUCCAUAUGUUGGCAAGCACAGCUCAAAUAAGCAAAGACAAACGACAGUCCAUCAUUACUUUAAGACAUGAAGGUCAGUCAAUACGGAACAUUUCAAGAACUUUGAAAGUUUCUUCAAGUGCAGUCACAAAAACCAUCAAGCUCUAUGAUGAAACUGUCUCUCAUGAGGACCGCCACAGGCAAGGAAGACCCAGAGUUACCUCUGCUGCAGAGGAUAAGUUCAUUAGUUCAACUGUUCAGAGGAGACUGCGUGAAUCAGGCCUUCAUGGUCGAAUUGCUGCAAAGAAACCACUACUAAAGGACACCAAUAAGAAGAAGAGACUUGCUUGUGCCAAGAAACACGAGCAAUGGACAUUAGACCGGUGGAAAUCUGUCCUUUGGUCUGAUGAGUCCAAAUUUGAGAUUUUUGGUUCCAACCGCCGUGUCUUUGUGAGACGCAGAGUAGGUGAACGGAUGAUCUCUGCAUGUGUGGUUCCCACCGUGAAGCAUGGAGGAGGAGGUGUGGGGGUGCUUUGCUGGUGACACUGUCUGUGAUUUAUUUAGAAUUCAAGGCACACUUAACCAGCAUUGCUACCACUGCAUUCUGCAGCGAUACGCUAUCCCAUCUGGUUUGGGCUUAGUGGGACUAUUAUUUGUUUUUCAACAGGACAAUGACCCAAAACACACCUCCAGGCUGUGUAAGGGCUAUUUGACUCAGAAGGAGAGUGAUGGAGUGCUGCAUCAGAUGACCUGGCCUCCACAAUCACCCGACCUCAACCCAAUUGAGAUGGUUUGGGAUGAGUUGGACCGCAGAGUGAAGGAAAAGCAGCCAACAAAUGCUCAGCAUAUAUAUAUAUUUAUUUUUUAUUUUUUUUAUUUCACCUUUAUUUAACCAGGUAAGCCAGUUGAGAACAGGUUCUCAUUUACAACUGCGACCUGGCCAAGAUAAAGCAAAGUAGUGCAAUAAAAACAACACAGAGUUACAUAUGGGGUAAAAAAACAUAAAGUCAGAAAUACAACAGAAAAUAUAUAUACAGUGUGUGCAAAUGUAGCAAGUUAUGGAGGUAAGGCAAUAAAUAGGCUAUAGUGCAGAAUAAUUACAAUAGUAUUAACACUGGAAUGCUAGAUGUGCAAGAGAUGAUGUGCAAAUAGAGAUACUGGGGUGCAAAAGAGCAAAAUAAAUAACAAUAUAGGGAUGAGGUAGUUGGGUGGGCUAAUUUCAGAUGGGCUGUGUACAGGUGCAGUGAUCGGUAAGGUGCUCUGACAACUGAUGCUUAAAGUUAUUGAGGGAGAUAAGAGUCUCCAGCUUCAGAGAUUUUUGCAAUUCGUUCCAGUCAUUGGCAGCAGAGAACUGGAAGGAAUGGCGGCCAAAGGAGGUGUUGGCUUUGGGAAUGACCAGUGAGAUAUACCUGCUGGAGCGCAGACUACGGGUGGGUGCUGCUAUGGUGACCAAUGAGCUUAGAUAAGGCGGGGAUUUGCCUAGCAGUGAUUUAUAGAUGGCCUGGAGCCAGUGGGUUUGACGACGAACAUGUAGUGAGGACCAGCCAACAAGAGCGUACAGGUCACAGUGGUGGGUAGUGUAUGGGGCUUUGGAGACAAAACGGAUGGCACUGUGAUAGACUACAUCCAAUUUGCUGAGUAGAGUGUUGGAGGCUAUUUUGUAAAUGACAUCGCCGAAGUCAAGGAUCGGUAGGAUAGUCAGUUUUACGAGGGCAUGUUUGGCAGCAUGAGUGAAGGAGGCUUUGUUGCGAAAUAGGAAGCCGAUUCUAGAUUUAACUUUGGAUUGGAGAUUCUUUAUGUGAGUCUGGAAGUUGAGUUUACAGUCUAACCAGACACCUAGAUAUUUGUAGUUGUCCACAUACUCUAGGUCAGAACCGUCGAGAGUGGUGAUUCUAGUCGGGUGGGCGGGUGCUAGCAGCGUUCGAUUGAAAAGCAUGCAUUUAGUUUUACUAGUGUUUAAGAGCAGUUGAAGGCUACUGAAGGAUUGUUGAAUGGCAUUGAAGCUCGUUUGGAGGUUUGUUAACACAGUGUCCAAUGAAGGGCCAGAUGUAUACAAAAUGGUGUCGUCUGCGUAGAGGUGGAUCUGAGAGUCACCAGCAGCAAGAGCGACAUCAUUGAUAUACACGGAGAAAAGUGUCGGCCCAAGAAUUGAACCCUGUGGUUCAAUGGGAACUCCUUCAAGACUGUUGGAAAAGCAUUCCUCAUGAAGCUGGUUGAGAGAAUGCCAAGAGUGUGCAAAGCUGCCAUCAAGGCAAAGGGUGGCUACUUUGAAGAAUCUAAAAUCUAAAAUAUAUUUUGAUUUGUUUAACACUUUUUUGGUUACUACAUGAUUCCAUAUGUGUUAUUUAAUAGUUUUCACUGUGUCUUCACUAUUAUUCUACAUUGUAGAAAAUAGUAAAAAUAAAGAAAAACCCUUGAAUGAGUAGGUAGGUGUGUCCAAACUUUUGACUGGUACUGUAUAUGUAGAUAACAUUUUGUUUUUGUUUGGGGAGAAUGUAGCUACAAUAUGUUUGUGUCAUGUUUGUUGUAAGGCAUAUGGCAUGACAACGAAUGAUGAUAGAGGAGUUGGCUGCAGCCCAUAGAGAUCUGGCACCUAGUACUGGCAACCUGCCUGCCCAUCAUCAACAUUGCCAGUCAAAGAUUCAACAAUCUCAAUUAACUGACAUUCAAGGAAGAAGAAUGAAUGCAGGCAUGUAUCUUAUGAUAAUAACAUUCUUCUCUCAUCUGAUUGUCUCUUACUAUGUGUUUGUCUCUUGUUCAGUUUUUUGGCAUCGUGGUGACUUUGUUAUAUGGAGCCAGCACCUUCUUUUCCUAUAUGGCAUGGAAGGGGGAUGGAGGUAAUGCAGCCAGCAACUCUGGUCCUGCAUAGGACUACUCUACUACCUAUCCUGAUAAACCGUCUCCAUACAGAGAGACUUGGACAGUGUGAACCGAACAGUGUGUCACAAAGAAGAGAUUCUAAACCUUUUCAUCAAAGGAUUAGUAUUUUUAUAUACGGUAUACUUUUUUUAAAGAAGCUAGACAUCAAUAUACUUUUGUUAUGUCAAAAUGGUGACUGGAGUGAAGACUGGAAGCAUUUUGCAGACCCUUUCAGUGUGUUGCUAUGGUAACCCCACCACUGCACAUCCAUCAGUACACUCACUCAUCAUGACUCACUCACAUACAUGCUCCCAUACAUAACCACUAUGAUCACAUACUGUAGGAAAGUGUAAUGAAUGAUACAUCUAUUUAUACUGUAAUAAAGGCGGUAGGUAGCCUAGCGGUUAAGUGUUGGGCCAGUAACCGAAAGGUCGCUGGUUCGAAUCCCUGAGCCAACUAGGU